AUGGAGGGUGCGGCGCAGUCUCUUCUGAGCAACGCCGGGCAGCUGCUGAGCAAGGAGUAUCAGCAGAUCCGUGGCGUCGGCGGCCAAGUUGUUGAGCUGCGGGACGAGCUGGACGCCAUCAAUGCCCUUCUCAUCAUGCAGUCCGAGGCAGAGGAGGGGGCCGUGGACCGCUUUGUGCAGGUGUGCAUGAGGCAGCUGCUUGAAGUUGCCUACGACGCGGAGGACUGCAUCGACCUGUACAGGCGCCGUUCCCCUCCUCUGCUACCCGCCCCCAUGUCGGCUGUGUCGUCCACCACUCCUGCUAACAACACCGACCACCGCCGCCGGCUGGUCGGCAUCGAGGACCAGGCUAACGCCCUGGCUGCGCCGCUGAAGGUUCAGCCGCCGGUUGGCCAAGAGGCAGUCGAGCGCAUGGCCGUUUUCUCCAUCGUGGGGUUCGGAGGCCUCGGCAAAACGACCCUGGCCGUCGAGGUGCGCCGGCGGCUGGAAGCGGAGUUCCCGUGGCAGGCGAUGGUUUCCGUGUCUCAGCCAUUCGAGCCGAGCAGGGACCUCAAGGUGCUGCUCAAGGACCUUCUGCAGCAGGUCGUGAAGCCCAAAACAGCUAACGAUAGAGGCAUCAAGGAUUAG